AUGGCUGCAUCCCAGGUACGCCUCAAGGAACGAUCCUCAUCACUGGACAUUCCCUUGGCGCUGCUGUGGCCACCCUGGCCAUGUACAUGUUGCAGUUGCGAGGAUAUAGCGUUGGACUUUCCUACAAUUUUGCAUCGCCGCGGAUUGGGAACGACGCCUUUCAUGAUGUUUUUGCCAAAGUCUUCAAUCGAAGCGUCUCUGUGUACCGCAUCACGCGUGCGCGCGAUCCUGUGGUGCAUGUGCCGCCACUGCCCAUCUAUCAUCACGUGGGUGCCUGGGUUUGGAGAUCGGCCUUUGUUACGGAGAACCAGUUACAUUGCCUGA